AUGAAGAUCACCAGAUAUAAAAAGGUUCAGAAAUAUCUUAAGUUCUACUACAACAACUACGGUUUUCACCAACCAUACCAAGUUUUGCUGGACGGCACGUUUUGUUUUGCUGCUUUUAAAGAACACAUCAACAUUAGGGACCAGAUCCCAAAAUAUUUAAACUCUCAAGCUAAAUUACUGACUACAAGAUGUAUAAUUAUAGAGACAGAAAAAAUAGCAAAGAAGACUCAUGGAGCCCUAACUAUAUUGAAGCAAUUUGGUAUACAUGAAUGCAAUCAUAAAGAACCUAUUGGAGGGUCCAACUGUAUCCUAUCUAUGAUUGGUAGGAAAAAUGACAAACAUUAUAUUCUGGCAACACAGGAUAGAGAUUUACAGGACAAACUUAGAGAAAAAGCAGGAGUUCCACUUUUAUACCUUCACAACAAAUCUCCCACAUUAGAGAAACCUUCGCCAGCCAGCUAUGCUAAGGCUGGCCAAACAUUAGAAGGAAACCAAUUCAUGUUUAUCAGUGAAACUCAGAAUGAAGCACUACAAACUAUGAAAAAAGUUCUAGGAGUUGAAGAAAAGGAUGAAAAGCCUAAGAUUCCAAUUAAAAAGAAAAAGCCCCACAAUCCUAAUCCCUUGUCUUGUAAGAAGAAAAAGAAGAAGCCAGUUAAUAAUAAUAAUAAAAGUAAGUCGGAGAGUGUGAGUGAAGGAAAAGUUAGGAAAAGAAAAAAGAAAAAAAUACCACAGCAUUUGAAGGAGCAAAUAAAGAGUGCUGUUAGUAAUGCUUGA